CGGCCACUCGCCUACCUUUUGUCCCUUUGACCUUUCUUUGUCUCCUAUGUGUGUCAGACAUGCGCUCUUUGCUAUGCAGUCACGAGGACACGACGUGAUCGUUUUGCAGGCCCAUAUAAGAUGCAGCGUCAGCAAAAUGUUUUGUUCCUCAUCUCGCCGUCUCCUUCACUAUGUCACCGGCCCGCGAGAAGGGCAAGCGCCACUCAAAGUCCAGCCGCGCCAACGCGAAGACGCCUCAACGAAGACGGGGCAGACCCCCCGUAGACCCCUUAAACUGGCAGACCCCCAAGGGACCCGCUCCCGACAAGCGCGACCACCACGCGAAAAGCAAGGUAGUGGCGCUUGUCGGCCAGUUGAUCUGUCUGAUUACAGGCUGGGUGACCCUCCCUUACCUUCUCCAAUGUGUGCACAUCGUUCCUCGUACCCUCCACAGGACACACGAAGACUUGUACGACCGCUUGCGCGAGAGCGUGGGCAUCUUUGAGGACGGCAAGAGAGACUUGAACCUCGACAACACGGGCAAUCAGGACAUAUUCCAUCUGACUAUCCACAAGAUCUGGGACGGUCCGGGCGUCACAUCGAACAUCGCCCAAGGUGAUAUCGCGAUGACAUUUUCGAAAGAAGGCUGGCGACGGAAGCUUCGUACGCUGCGAGAAGGCUUUAAGCUAAGACAAGAUUAUCGACAGAUGUUUCCGAAGGUCUCCUACACGUUCGGUCUGUACAGCAUGUCGGCCAAACCUAAACACGUCAUCGGUCUAUACUCCAACGAGCCUCGCAAGUAUGACCAUAUCGUCAAGAACGAGCGCACUCUUCAAGCUGUGCGAAAGGAAGACCGCGAAGGCGCAGAAUUGUUCCACAAUAUCGACGUCGAGGACGACACGGAGGCCUCCAGGCAACUUGGCCCCGAAUAUCAACCUCCAAAUGCGCCCCCACCUAGCGACACCUCGAACACCCCGACUACGCACAUCUUGACGGUCGGCGUUCAAGAAUCGAUAAAAAUUGUCAGCCAUCUGAACCCCGUCUUCGUCAUCUGGGACUACGCGCUCAAAAUGCUCUACCGAUGCUACAUAAAGCCCGAACUUGCCGACGAACUACCUGAAGAGGAUGUGAUCUUCUUCAAAGAAGAAAUCUGGCCUGUCGUCGGUCACUGGUUCAUGGAAAACCCUGAAAGCCUCUUCACCGGCGAAUCGGACGACGACGAGGACUCUGGGAACUUGGAGGACGAGGAAGACCCGGAAACCGACGACGACUAUGAAGCGGACGAAGUGGUCGACUUGGGUUACGGCCAAGCAAAGGGCGACAGGCGCGCGCGCCUCACGGGAACCAAGACCGAUCAACCGACUACAGGUAUAGACCCAAUCCCGAUGUCCAAGCGACCCGCCAAAACCAGCGUGAGGUUCGGUGCGUUCCCCAAAGCGAGCUCAGAUUCGUCCGACAUCUCAGACCGCUCCGCGACGCCAUGCCCUCCGGGGAUCUCAUCCGAGAGAGGUACAACGCUAGGAGGGCCCGGUUCAACUAUACUCAUGUCCGCUCGCCAUGGUCUCGACGCUGAUGCCGCUGCCGUUGACGCUCAAGUCCUCGGGUCUAUUCCUGAAGACGACGAAUCCGAGGCAGCUCAGAACGGCGCGCGCAGCCCUUCCGAAGGCCCAUUCCAACCGCCCGCCGACAGCCCAACCGAAUCUACUGCGCGCGACAAAGCAUCUCGCAUCAACCGCUACGCUGCUGCUAUCGGAAGGAAAGCGAAGUCCAUCGGAUUCACUCUCGGCAAGCGCACCUCGGACCGGACGGCGCUCAAAGGCACUUCGUUCACGUUCAAGGCUUCAACCACCCAAUUCGGCCACCCUGCGAAUCACGAUCCACCCGGUACUGAACCCACGGCGUGGCGCGCGAGCGAUACCGCUGAUGCAGAAGGCGAGCCGACUGACGGGAGUGCUCCGAACACGACUUCGACCGAUCCGCCUGGCGCGUCCGACGCAACAGCGACUGGGCCCUCGACGGCUGGUCCUUUAGUCCCGCAGCCUAUCACGCGUCCUCGCCGGUCUCAGCCCAAGCGCAACUACAAGGAGGCCUCGUCCAGCGAUGGGUUCUCCGACGCCGGUGACGAUGUCGACAACCCGCCGCCCAAGAGGCUGCGCAUGAAGCCCCCCGCGCAGAAGGGCGCUCCCGCAAAGAAGAGCGCACCUGCAAAGAAGAAGGGUCGUGGCUGAUCUGGUAUGUUCGGUGGCGCAUUGUAUCAUUUUUUUCUCUUCUCACACUCCUUGCUUUCCUUAUAUCAUUAUGCAGUGCCCGGCGCACUCUUACUUUCUCAUGUUAGCCUUUCAUAGCCCGUACUCUCGUUCCC